AUGGUUCGACAUUACAAACGAAAAACUAUAUCCAAAUACUCGGAGGCUGAUAUACAAAAGGCUCUAGAAGCUAUUCGAAACGAGAAUCUCAAGCCAUGCGAUGUUGCCUGUGAUCGUAAUAUACCUUUAUCUACACUUUAUGCUCGACUUGCUGGAAAGCAUGGUCAUGCUAAACGUGGUGGUCAUACAAUAUUUUCAACCGAAGAAGAAGAAUUUCUAGUUCACACAGUUGAAAUUUUUGAAAAAUGGCAAUUACCAUUGUUACGAAAAUCUCUUAUCGACAUUGCUAGGUCUUAUAUGUUGGAAUUAGGAAAAAAGAUCAGUCGAACUGCACCACUUCUUGAUUGGUUCUCGGGAUUUAUGACCCGACAUCCUGAACUCAAGGUCACACAAAGUAUGAAGCUGGAGAAGGUGCGUUCUGUAUCCUGUAAUCCACAAGCUAUCCAAGGCUGGUUUAAAAAUCUUCAUGACGUACUGGUGAAAUACAAACUUCUCGAUCGACCGAAUGCCAUAUUCAACGUAGAUGAAUGUGGCUUUCUUGAUGACCCCGGACGUCUGUGUGUCAUUGUGAAGCGAUCGACAAAAUAUCCAAUUGCAUCACACUCUGGUACAGGCAAAAAUUUAACAACAGUGCUUGUGUGUAGCAGUGCUAAUGGAAAAAUUCUUCCGCCUUACAUUAUAUUUCAAGGUGCACAUCUUUGGAGUUCAUGGAUCUCCAAGAACUGCUUUCCUGGAACACGUUUUAAUGCUAGUCUUUCCGGGUGGGUGGAGGAACAGAUAUUUUUUGAUUGGCUUAGAUAUCAUUUCAUUCCUUAUGUGAAAGAUAUUCCAAAACCUGUCUUAUUGAUUCUCGACGGACACAACGCUCACAUCAGUACACGAAUUAGCAAAAUCGCAAUCGAUGGACGAAAACCAAAACCACUUACCAAACCGACGUUUGUGACAUUCGACGACGAAGAUGCUUCCAAUGAUACAAAUGCAAAUAUGAUGCCAAUGAUAUCUUGUCACUCGAAUGUUCCAUAUAUACCACCACAAAUGCCUUAUUCUACUCAAAUGCCUGCACCUUAUGGUUAUAAUCAAUCCUUAAACGCUUUCUAUUCAUAUGCUCAAUCAUCAAUUACAUGUUGUCGUUGCAAUCAAGAAAUUCUCAAUGGGUCCUAUACCAAGUGCACAACAUGCAUUAAGGUUUGUUGUGCUAAUUGUUCUCAGCUAUUCUACGGCUUAUCCACUUCGAAUUUCACAUGCGAACAGUGUUUUCUUCAAUCUUCUCUUGAUCUUACUGCAACAAUACGAAAUUAA